AAUAAGGUAAUCCGGCUGCUUCUUCUCCCUCGAAAACCCCUAAUCCAAAACCCUAGCAGCCAUGGCAAUGGGGCAGGAACAGCUCGUCCUCCGCGGCACCAUGCGCGGCCACACCGACUGGGUCACCGCCAUCGCCGCCCCAAUCGACAAUUCCGAUACCAUCGUCACCUCCUCCCGCGACAAUUCCCUAAUCCUCUGGACCCUCACCAAGGACUCCUCCAAUUCCUCCUUCGGCGUCGCCACCCGCCGCCUCACCGGCCACUCUCACUUCGUCCACGACGUCGUCCUCUCCUCCGACGGCCAAUUCGCCCUCUCCGCCUCCUGGGACGCCGAGCUCCGCCUCUGGGACCUCCAGACCGGCGAAACCGCCCGCCGCUUCGUCGGCCACGCCAAGGACGUCCUCUCCGUCGCCUUCUCCGCCGACAACCGCCAGAUCGUCUCGGCGUCGCGCGACAAGACGAUCAAGCUCUGGAACACGCUCGGCGAGUGCAAGUACACCAUCGAGGGAGGCGAAUCGCACUCCGAUUGGGUCUCCUGCGUCCGCUUCUCGCCCGACGCCGCCCAGCCCACCGUCGUGUCGGGGUCGUGGGAUAAGACCGUCAAGGUCUGGAAUCUGACCAAUUGCAAGCUGCGCGCCACGCUGACUGGACACACUGGCUACGUGAACACGGUGGUGGUGUCGCCGGAUGGAUCGCUGUGCGCCAGUGGGGGAAAGGAUGGUGUGAUUUUGCUGUGGGAUUUGACGGAGGGGAAGAUGCUGUAUUCGUUGGAGGCUGGCUCGAUUGUUAAUGCUCUCACGUUUAGCCCUAAUAGGUAUUGGCUCUGCGCUGCUACUCAAUCGGGAAUUAAGAUUUGGGAUUUGGAGAGCAAGAGUGUUGUUUCGGAUCUCAAGGUGGAUUUGAAGCAGGAGAGUGAAAUGGCCAGAGAUGAAGCUGCCCAAUCUGCUGCUGGGAAAAACAAGGUUAUAUAUUGCACCAGUCUCAGCUGGAAAGCUGAUGGAAGCACCCUUUUCAGUGGCUAUACCGAUGGUGUCAUCCGAGUUUGGGGCAUUGGCCGAUACUAGGACUGUGAUUCAACUCUCGAGUGGAAAAUUUUGACAAUGUUUUUUGAUCACUUGGGAUUUUUGUCUGCUAGGUUUCAGCACAAUUCAAUUCUAAUUUUAUAUACAUAAUCAUAUCUCUGUAUUUCUUUCUAUGUAGCUACUCGUUUUUUGAGUUUUCAUAUUUUGUACUCUUAAAGAUUCACACAUGUUCCAUUUUAUCAUAUACUUUCGAGUUUAAAGUUUGUCAA